AGCAGGGGGCGGGCUCUCUGCCGAAGGACUGGAAGGUGGCGGUGGUGAAGGUGCAGGCCGUUGGGGCGGCUCAGAGGCAGGGACCUCCACCUGCAUUGUCCCGGAGUCACAUGAUUAAGCCAGCUUAUAAAGGGAAGACUCAUUCAUCACACCGUUCGCUCCCUUGUUCCCCAGUAGUACAAUAUAGGAAAAUAAGAUGCUCAUUCAAAAAUAUAAAUGAAAGGUGACUAUGAAAGGCUUAUAUUUCCAACAGAGUUCCACAGAUGAAGAAAUAACAUUUGUAUUUCAAGAAAAGGAAAAUCUUCCUGUUACAGAGGAUAACUUUGUGAAACUUCAAGUUAAAGCUUGUGCUCUGAGCCAGAUAAAUACAAAGCUUCUGGCAGAAAUGAAGAUGAAAAAGGAUUUAUUUCCUGUUGGGAGAGAAAUUGCUGGAAUUGUAUUAGAUGUUGGAAGCAAGGUAUCAUUCUUUCAACCAGAUGAUGAAGUAGUUGGAAUUUUGCCCCUGGACUCUGAAGACCCUGGACUUUGUGAAGUUGUUAGAGUACAUGAGCAUUACUUGGUUCAUAAACCAGAAAAGGUCACAUGGACGGAAGCAGCAGGAAGCAUUCGGGAUGGAGUGCGUGCCUAUACAGCUCUGCAUUAUCUUUCUCAUCUCUCUCCUGGAAAAUCAGUGCUGAUAAUGGAUGGAGCAAGUGCAUUUGGUACAAUAGCUAUUCAGUUAGCACAUCAUAGAGGAGCCAAAGUGAUUUCAACAGCAUGCAGCCUUGAAGAUAAGCAGUGCCUUGAAAGAUUCAGACCUCCCAUAGCCCGAGUGAUUGAUGUAUCUAAUGGGAAAGUUCAUGUUGCUGAAAGCUGUUUGGAAGAAACAGGUGGCCUGGGAGUAGAUAUUGUCCUAGAUGCUGGAGUGAGAUUGUAUAGUAAAGAUGAUGAACCAGCUGUAAAACUACAACUACUACCACAUAAACAUGAUAUCAUCACACUUCUUGGUGUUGGAGGCCACUGGGUAACAACAGAAGAAAACCUUCAGUUGGAUCCUCCAGAUAGCCACUGCCUUUUCCUCAAGGGAGCAACGUUAGCUUUCCUGAAUGAUGAAGUUUGGAAUUUGUCAAAUGUACAACAGGGAAAAUAUCUUUGUAUCUUAAAGGAUGUGAUGGAGAAGUUAUCAACUGGUGUUUUCAGACCUCAGUUGGAUGAACCCAUUCCACUGUAUGAGGCAAAAGUUUCCAUGGAAGCUGUUCAGAAAAAUCAAGGAAGAAAAAAGCAAGUUGUUCAAUUUUAAUUUUCUUCUUUCUCAGACCUCAUUCGGAUGAACAUAUUCCAGUAUUUGAAGCCAGAAUUUUCUUUGGAAAUUGUUGAGAAAAACCAAGGAAGAUAAAACAAGUUGCAUUUUUAAGCACGUUUCCCUGCUAAGACAAGAUGCUCAGUUGACACAUUUGAAAAGUGUUUGAAAAAUUCUUGUGCAAAUGAUCAAGAUAAUUCUAUAAUUAACAUCUUAAGGGAAUUUUCUAAAAACCUUUUCAUUGUUUCUAUAUAUUUUGCCCCUGCUAUAAAAUUCCUUCCAUGAAGAAAACUGCCGCUUUCAGCAAAAGCCACACUACUCUUGAUAAAGCUGUUGCAGGCCUUUGCUAAGCUAUCAAAGUAACGUAUUAAUUUUGUAUCAACUCCGUUCUCAACACCUUCCUUAAUAAGUCUUUGCUGUCAUAAUUUAAGCAUUUGAGUAUAUUUUGAAGUCUUAAAGGACCUAGCCCAUAGGCACUUAAA